CGUUCAGCCGGCCAUAGACGCAGACACAAUAGAAACUGAAUUCCUGGUUGAUCUGGUUUCAAGCAGAUGCCGUGUGAAUGCCUUUUCCUCUCUCACUUACAAACAACACUAUCCAUUCAUUCCUUUUAAAGGGACGCAAUAUAGAAACUGAAUUCCGUUUUUUCAAGAGACUUCUUGAGCUUUUCAGUUAACUUCCUAAACAUAUUUACCAAUAUAUAUUUCCGAUGGAUUUUGGCACGGGAAGCACCUCUUCAUCUUUUCCAUCGACUACCUUUGGAUACACAUACGAUGUCUUUCUCAGUUUUAGAGGCGAGGAUACCCGCAAUAAUUUUGUAGGCCAUCUAUAUACUGCGUUAGAUAAUAAAGGCAUAUAUACCUUUAAAGACGACGAAAAACUUCAACGAGGAACAAUCAUUAAGUCUGAACUCUUUAAAGCAAUAGAAGAAUCCAGAUUUGCUGUCGUAAUUCUAUCAAAAGAUUAUGCUUCAUCAAGCUGGUGCUUGAUUGAAUUAGCAAAAAUUAUUGAGUGCAUGGAAAAAACAGGGCUGACAGUUUUGCCUGUUUUUCACUAUGUGGAUCCAAGUGAUGUACGACAUUUGAGGGGUUUUUUAAAAAAAGCCUUUGCUGAACAUAGUGUUCGUUUCAAGGAUAAGAAAGAUGAAGUGAAGAACUGGAGAGCUGCUUUGGUAAAAGUUGCCGAAAUUGCUGGAUGGGACUUACGUGAUAGCUCCAAGUACGUGACUAACCAGUCGAUACAAGGAACCUAGUACGUGACUACCACACCAACUUGAGAAAGAUGUCAGCUGCAAAGUUCUUUAGUUCAUCCACAUGAUGAAGAUCAAGAGGCUCCUUAGUUACAAAACCCUUGGUGCAAAGACGCAGCAGCUUCUACAAGAAAAAGAUGAA